CUUCAUUCUCCCUCUCUCCACCUCCAAGAUGAAUCCCGAUACCCUCGCUUCGGCAGACGUCACGUCCGCUCUGCAGCAGCUCGAAUCCGCAGACCCGUCCGCCAAACCCGCCGGCUACAAUGAGCUGCUCACCAAGGUCCUGGAGACCUCCACGCCCGACACCCUCGCCGCCAACCUAAUUGCCUUCCUGGAAUCGCUGCUGGGCGAGACCCUCGGAAUAGUAGCUUCCCGCCCACUGCUCGCAUCCUUCGUCUCCCAGUUCCGCCAGAUAAAAGACCCCGACGUCAAGAUUGAGGCCGGCAAGCGCGCGCUCGAGCUGCUUCACCCCAAGGUCGUCUCCUACGAAGAGCAGGACACGCAAAUUAAGGAGAUCCUCGCCGACUCGUACGAGGAGCAGGAGGACUUUGUCGCCUCGGCCAAGAUCCUCCAGACCAUUACGCUCGACAGCUCGCAGCGCGCCAUCUCCGCCAACGACAAGGCCAAGGUGUGGACACGCAUCGUGCGCUGCUACUUGGAGGAGGACGACCCCACGUCCGCAAGCACAUACCUCAACCGCGUCAAGACGGUCUUCCACGACGUGUCGGACAAGGCGACCAAGCUGCAGUUCCAGCUCUCGCAGGCCCGCAUCUACGACUCGCAGCGCCAGUUCCUCGACGCCAGCGCCGCCUACCACAGCAUCAGCGCCGAGACCAUCAUCGAAGAAGGUGAACGGCUGCAAGCCCUCUCCGCAGCAAUCGUGUGCGCCGUGCUCGCACCCGCAGGGCCCCAGCGCGGUCGCACUCUCGCCCGACUCUACAAGGACGAGCGCGCCUCGCAAGUCGAAGAAUACGGCAUCCUGGAGAAGAUCUUCCUGGACCGGCUGCUGAGCCCGGCCGAAGUCGAAGCUUUCGCCGCGAAGCUGCAACCACACCAGCUGGCCAAGACAGCCGACGGCAGCACCGUCCUCGACAAAGCCGUGCUCGAGCAUAACCUGCUGGGCGCGUCGCGGCUGUACACGAACAUCGGGAUUGCCCAGCUGGCCGACCUGCUCAACAUCGACGCCGAGCGCGCCGAAGGGUACGCCGCGCAGAUGAUCGAGCAGGGCCGUCUGGCCGGCUACAUCGACCAGAUCGCCAUGUACAUAUACUUUGAGGGCGAGUGCUCGGGCCAGAAGAAGCAGACGGGGCAUGUGGAGCGGCUGGUGGGCGGGGAGCUGCGCAAGUGGGACGACAAUGUGCGCGGCUUGGCGGAGGAGGUCGAGCGCGUCACAACGAUGAUCCAGAGCAACCACCCGGAGUUUUACGCGCAGCAUAUGGUUGUUUGAAGCAGCUGGGUGCGUGGGUGCGCGGCUGGCUAGGGCGAGACGGCGAUGACGACGAGGGGAAGCAAAAAGGGAUUUCGUUCGGGCUUUUUCUUUUAUGUUUGUGGAUCAUAGCGAUUGGCGUUUUUGCAGGCGCGCAGGGCAGGGUUGACGGGAAGAGAAAUGAAGCGAGACGCGUAGAGCUGCCGGCGCGUCGUUGAAGAGAGCUACCUACUUACCUAUCGACCCAUCGAGUAUCAUGUCUAAAGAGCAGCAGCGGCGGUAGCUUGCCAGCCAGUCAGUCACCAGACAGGCCCGUCCAAAUACUACUACUAUACUACUACAGUA